AUGGUGGUGGAGGGGGUGGAGGGGCUAGGGGUGGAGUCUGGGAGCGGGGAGGCGGAGCCGGACAGUUACUGGAAGAGGAAGGAGGCGUUCACCAGAGGAAGCACCGUGUCACUGUCCGUGGGAGAGAGAUUCUCCUCAGGUUCCCGUUUCUACUACCUGGCUCUAGGCUAUGUGGCGCGGUGUCUGGAGAAUUUUCUGUGUGACCAGUCGUUCUGGCUGGACGCUGAGCUGCUGAGGGACCUGGAGAUCACUGUGACUGUAGACGAGGAACACCUAGCCACACUCUACCUGGGACUGCUGCUGCAGGAGGGGUCGUUCUUUGCCAAGGCGCUGGUGAGCAGUGGCGAGCACAGUGAUGAGGAGGAGGAGCUGUGUUUCAGACGUAAUGACUUGCUGAUGGUUAGAGACACRGGGCAGGACAGUCACUGGGAGGGCACCCUUCUCUCCACCGGACAACACGGACUAGUGCCUGUCAACACCAUGCAGCCGCUUUGCUCAUACCUUCUACAUAU